GGACACAGCAGCUCCGCGCACUGUGUUGGAAAUUGGGUUCUCAGCCGCGAUACCAACAUAAGGUGCCUCAGAGGGGAAGGGAGUGGCAUCAGCACCUCCAUAAACAGCGUCAGUGCCCCUUCUCACCUGAAAGAUACACUCCAUAGCAUAAACUGGGUUAUCAACGGCGUAUCCCAACAUAAGGUGCCUCAAAGGGAAAGGAAGGAGCAUCAGAACAUCCAUAAACAGCAUCAGUGUGCCCUCUCACCUAAAAGAUCAUCUCCUAUGCAUAAAUUCAACGUACAACGACAGUAUUCACCACAGGGAUCGCUCCAUACAUUACCGUUAGAAGAGUGUACGUUACGGUAAUGAUAUGGAACUGUACCGGGAUAUGCAUAGCGCCCAUGCUGCAUUGUCUGGUAUAGUAUUAAUAACAAGACAAGGACGGGAAGAAUGAGACAUAGAAGAAAAUAGGAAAGUUGAAGACGAACACUCAGGGAAGACCUUUGUGAGAUUCUGCUGGGGAAAAUCCGAACGAUCUCACAGGCAAGUUUUUGUUCAGUAAGGAAAACAGCGUGAAUAAAUAAUAACCUAUAUGAAACCUGUAAUAUAAGAGAAAUCAAAAUACAGGAGCAGAACCAACAGUGGAAAUAUUAGUGCCAGAAGUACCGUUACUAAGGCUAGACCUCACCCCAUCGACUGAACUGAACGAGGAAGUAACAAGUUAAAGUGGCCCAAGGUAUCAGACUGAAGAGGCACAACGCAUGGUCUUCAGGGUCCUUCACCUCCACCAUGGGGCGAAUUGCAACCUCCCGAACGAUGCUGCCAGAGGAACGCCCCCUAACUAAGAGCCUCGUCCUGACUCUCCUCACUCUCCUUGCACUCACGAAGAGUGUGGGAGCGAUAAUGAGGGACGAGGAAGCUCACCCCGGCCUCACCCUUCCUCCGCAUAGCAGCAGCGUGCUAGCUCGGUGCGGCUCGACCUACCCAGUGACCUCCCGCAUCCCGCACAUCAUCCUCAGCCCUGGCUACCCGGCGCCCUACCAACCCUACACCUACUGCCGAUGGAACUUCUACAGUCUGGAUGGUCCCAGCGCGGUUCUUCAGGUACAAUGCCAGCUGUUCGAGAUGGAGGCUUCUUCUGAGUGUUCCAGCGGUGCCUUCCUCGCCCUGCAGACUCUAAAUAACCAGGAGGCCGAACGGUUUUGUGGCAGCGAAGGGCCUCGGAGUGCGGUCGGCAGCCACGUCUUGACGAUUCACUUCUGGGGUGGGUGGCGCCUCAACGCUGACAAGAGGGGGGUGUAUUGUGCCGUGACGUCGCUGAUCGCCCCGCUCACGCCCCCGCCAACGUCCUCUUGCAGGUGUGGUCGCCGCGGCACCGUCCUUCGCAUCGUGGGCGGGCAGGAAGCCAACCUCCACGAGUGGCCGUGGAUGGCCCUCCUGGUGCUGCCGGGCGGAGGGCUCUGCGGCGGCACGCUCAUCAACGACCGUUUCGUGCUCACCGCCGCCCACUGUAUCGACGGGACGGUGCUGCCCAGAAACGCCCUGCCCACGGUGGUCCUCGGCGAGCACCAGCGCAGCGUGCCCGACGAGACCCCCUUCACGCGGGUGGUGCGGGUGGCGCGCGUCAUCACCCACGAGGGCUACGACGGCGCCGGCAACUCCAAGAACAACGACAUCGGCCUGGUGGAGCUCGCGGCGCCCCUCGAUCUCGGCAGGUCCCCAGGCAUCGCCCCCGCUUGCCCGCCCGCCCCCAACACCACGGACGCCGCCCAGAGAGUCACGACGCUAGGGUGGGGGUUCACCAGCGUGUCAGGGGAGCAGGCAGACGUGCUACAGAUGGUGGAGCUCCUGCCGGUGCCGCUGACGAAGUGUCGGGACCAGUACGAGGCCGGCAUCAUCACCGAUAACAUGAUCUGCGCCGCGGCUACCAACAAGGACUCGUGCUUUGACGACAGCGGCGGCCCGCUCAUGACGGAGGUGGAGGGUGGUCACUGGGAGCUGAUCGGCGUUGUGUCCUUCGGCCCGAGUGUGUGUGCCCAGCAGGGGGUGGCCGGCGUCUACACAAGAGUCGUCAACUACCUCCCAUGGAUCAGCUCUAAGAUCGGCCUGCCCACGACCUGCCCGGCGGUCUGAAUAAACUCUCUCUGUACGGACAUUUUCUUCAGACAGAGAAAAGCUUUGAUGCAGUAACGAAGCAGAAAAUACAUGUUGUGUGAAGACAUUU